AAGCGGUUCAGCAUCGCUGGUAAAACGACCAGAUAAUUCCCUCACCAAUUUACCAUUACUACAAGCUGUCACUACAUAUCGCAGUAUUCGCAUUCUUGGUUCAUUCAUUGUUGUUAGACGGCCGCGGUUUGUCAGUGCGCGUUUAUUGUUGUACACUUCAACAGAACGAAAGUUUGACACACUGAAACACAUUUCAAUCUAAAUGUUUCUAGUAUGUUGACAAUUUAAAACGUUAGAUGAAACAGUUUCCCAGUGAAUCAUGAUAAGCUAGUGCUAUGAUGUUAGUCUUCAAUAACUGUGAUUGAUUUUUGAUAAAACAUUGUGAUUAAGAUGGGCUUCACCAAGGAAGAAAAGACUGUGCCAUACCCGAAAUCAGUAUUCUUCAUUGUCAGCAAUGAAUUCUGCGAAAGGUUCAGCUACUAUGGCAUGCGAACAAUUCUCAGCUUGUACUUACGCGACAUCCUCCUCUUCUCCGAAAGCGACUCCAAAAUCAUCUACCACACCUUCGCAAUGUUCGUUUACUUCUUUCCAAUCUUCGGCGCCAUUCUCUCGGAUAGUUUCCUCGGAAAAUUCCGCACGAUUUUAUACGUUUCGAUCGUAUAUGCUUGCGGAAACGUGCUCCUGUCUUUAGCUUCAGCAGAACCAAUCGGUCUACCACAAAUACCUUUUUCCAUGAUCGGUCUGCUACUUAUCGCUCUGGGAACUGGAGGAAUCAAACCCUGCGUAUCGGCGUUUGGAGGAGACCAGUUUGUUUUGCCCCAACAAGAACUCCAAUUAGCCUCUUUCUUCUCAAUGUUCUACUUCUCCAUCAAUGCUGGAAGCUUGAUAUCGACGUUUCUAACGCCGGUUUUGAGGGAGGAUGUGCACUGCUUUGACGAGGAUAGUUGUUAUCCUCUGGCGUUUGCCAUCCCGGGAAUACUGAUGAUUGUGUCAAUAGUUGUUUUCGUGCUUGGCAAACCCUUGUAUAAAAUCAGAGAACCGGAAGGAAAUGUCGUAGUCCAAGUAUCGAAAUGCAUUGGACACGGGAUUAAGCAAAAGUUCCACUCCAGUGACAAAGUCGACCACUGGUUGGACCGGUCUGAAGCAAAAUACGGUAAAACCCUAGUCAACGAUAUCAAAGUAACGUUGAAAGUUCUGGUCCUGUUCAUCCCCUUGCCCAUUUUUUGGGCCCUGUAUGACCAACAAGGGAGCGGCUGGACCUUCCAAGCCACCAGAAUGGACGGCUAUAUCGGUUUUUACACUAUUUUACCCGACCAAAUGCAAGUGAUCAACCCUCUACUGAUCCUGCUGUUUAUCCCUUUGUUCUCCUACGUGGUGUAUCCCUCACUUGCAAAAUGCAACUUGCUCAAAACACCGCUCCAGCGGAUGGUGUGUGGGGGGUUGUUAACAGCGGCUUCGUUUGCAAUUUCCGCCGGAGUUGCCUUUGCCUUGGAGGCCACUUAUCCCGUACUGCCAACGGAAGGAAACGCCCAGAUCAGGAUCUACAACCCCCUUCAGUGCGAUGCCAAACUGACCGUGCUACCGCACAUUGACAACCAGGAAAUCAAAUCGAUGGGUUAUACUAAGUUAGACAUCAGUGGUGUUCAAGGAAGCAAGCUUUAUGAUUUCAAAAUAACAGGAUGCGACUCUAUUACUUACACAAGCGGAAGUAACUUUAACAUCACCGAAAAAGAAGCUCUGCUCUAUUACAUGCUACCAGACGAGUUCGUCAAACUUGUGGACAAUAUUGAUAAAGACGAGAAAGGGCUUCCGAAAAUUCGAACUUUGGUGAAUCCCUCAAAACCCGAUCUUAACUUGACUUACUGGGAUUCGGGGAAAGAAGGUUUAACUGUGGGUGCCCAUAACAACUCGUUGUUCACCAUCAGUCCAGGGACUUACAAGCUUGAAAAUUACAACAAAGAAUUGGGGUUUUAUCUUGGAGGGGUUUACACAGUUGUGGUUUCACUGAACGACGUAAAUCAAGUGCAGAAAGUGGAAUAUUAUGAAAUUACGCAACCGAAUAGCGUCCACAUUUUGUGGCUAAUCCCCCAGUAUGUCGUUAUCACCGCGGGAGAAAUAAUGUUCUCUAUAACCGGAUUGGAGUUUUCGUAUUCCCAAGCCCCAAUUUCCAUGAAAUCGGUUCUCCAAGCUGCCUUCCUUCUAACCACAGCCGUUGGUAAUCUCAUAAUCGUCAUUAUUGAAUCAGCUAAAAUAUUUGAGAAACAGUCUGCUGAUUUUCUACUAUACACUGGCUUGAUGGUUGUCGAUAUGAUCAUUUUUGCUUUUAUGGCAAUGAGGUACAAGUACAUAAAGAAAACGGAAAACAGUGAUAACGAGGAACUGGAUCAAAGUUUGCAGAAGAAGGAAAGUAAUGCUAUCGAAAAUCCAGCCUUCAAACAUGGUGAUGGUGAUGCGUAAUGGUAGUGAAGAUUGCUCCUGUGGAGUAGAAUAUGUACUUCAUGAUUAAUUUAUUGAUAUGCAGAACUAUUUGAGAGCAAUUUGUGUAAAUAUGUAUAUUUUUACUAGAUACUAAAAAUAAAUAAAUGAUUUAAAUAUA